CUUUCCGUCUGGCCUCAGCCAUCAGGUAGGCAGUGUACGGGAUAUUCACAGUUCCAUCCGCCGCUGAUCUCCCUUCGCCUGGGCCAUCCAGGCUCGGGGACCCUGCGUCCUGGGAGCUUCUUCUUCCUCCUGGUAAGCCAAGAUGGGCGCCUACAAGUACAUCCAGGAGCUAUGGAGGAAGAAGCAGUCGGACGUAAUGCGGUUUCUCCUCAGGGUGCGCUGCUGGCAGUACCGUCAGCUCUCGGCGCUCCACAGGGCCCCCCGCCCCACCCGGCCGGAUAAAGCGCGCAGGCUGGGCUACAAAGCUAAGCAAGGGUAUGUCAUAUAUCGGAUUCGUGUGCGCCGUGGUGGCCGCAAACGCCCAGUUCCUAAGGGUGCCACCUAUGGCAAGCCUGUCCAUCACGGUGUUAACCAGCUCAAGUUUGCUCGAAGCCUUCAGUCUGUUGCCGAGGAGCGAGCUGGACGCCACUGUGGGGCUCUGAGAGUCCUGAAUUCUUACUGGGUUGGUGAAGAUUCCACAUACAAAUUCUUUGAGGUUAUCCUCAUUGAUCCAUUCCAUAAGGCUAUCAGACGGAAUCCUGACACCCAGUGGAUCACCAAACCAGUUCACAAGCACAGGGAGAUGCGCGGGCUGACAUCUGCAGGCCGCAAGAGCCGUGGCCUUGGAAAGGGCCACAAGUUCCACCAUACUAUUGGUGGUUCUCGCCGUGCAGCUUGGAGAAGGCGCAAUACUCUCCAGCUCCACCGUUACCGCUAAUAUGAGUAAUGUUUGUAAAAUUCUUACCUAAUAAACAAUUUAGGACAGUCA